AUGGAAUCACUAGGAACAGCAACUACUCAAUUGGGGUUUGAUCUUUUCAAAGAGCUGGAGAAAAAAGAUGAUGGCAACAUUUUCUUUUCCCCUGUGGGCAUCUCAGCAGCCAUUGGUAUGAUACUUCUGGGGACCCGAGGAGCCACUGCCUCUGAGUUACAGAAGGUGCUUUACUCUGAAAGAGACACAGAAAAAUCCAGAAUAAAGGCUGAAGAAAAAGAGGUGGGAAGCAUAAAAGUAUCAGGAAAAGAGAUUGAGAAGACAGAAGAGAUACAUCACCAAUUCCAAAGGUUUUUGACUGAAAUAAGCAAACUCCCAAAUGAUUAUGAAGUGAACAUAGCCAACAGGCUGUUUGGAGAAAAAACAUACCUCUUCCUUCAAAAAUACAUUGAUUAUGUUGAAAAAUAUUACCAUGCAUCUCUGGAGCCUGUUGAUUUUAUAAAUGCAGCAGAUGAAAGUCGAAAGAAGAUUAAUUCCUGGGUUGAAAGCCAAAUAAAUGAAAAAAUCAAGGACUUGUUUCCAGAAGGCUCUCUUAGUAGUAACACCAAGCUGGUACUGAUAAAUACAGUUUAUUUUAAAGGACAGUGGGACAUGGAGUUUAAUAAAGAACAUACCAAGAAGGAGGAAUUCUGGCUGAAUAAGAGCACAAGUAAGCCUGUGCAAAUGAUGGCCCAGUGCAGCAACUUUCCCUUCUUACUCCUGGAGGACAUGCAGGCCAAAAUUGUGGGAAUUCCAUACAAAAACAGUGAUCUCAGCAUGUUCGUCCUUCUGCCCAAUGACAUAGAUGGUCUGGAGAAGAUUAUUGAUAAACUAUCUCCUGAGAAGUUGGUAGAGUGGACCAGCCCUGGGCACAUGGAGGAGAGGAAGGUGGACCUCCGUUUCCCCCGCUUUCAUGUGGAAGAGAGCUACGACCUUCAGCCAGUGCUGGUGGACUUGGGAAUGCGCGAUGUCUUCAGUGAGCGUGCAGACUACUCGGGGAUGUCUGCACGUUCGGGGCUGCACGCCCAGAAGUUCCUGCACAGGUCCUUCCUGGUGGUGACUGAGGAAGGCGCCGAGGCUGCUGCUGCCACUGGUGUGGGCUUCACGGUCUCAUCAACCCCUGGCUGUGAACUUGUGCUCUGUAACCACCCUUUCCUGUUCUUCAUCAGGCACAGUGAGUCCAACAGCAUCCUCUUUUUUGGCAAAUUUUCUUCUCCCUGA